UCGCAAUCGUCUGCCUAAGGAAGCGGCAAGGUUCAUUAGACCCCACUCUAAAGUAACUUGAUUAGUAGUCUUCUUUCAUUUGUAAAUAGUACCGUUUCAGGAAGAACAAGAUGGAUUCCGGCGACAGUAUCAAUAAUCCUUGCAUAAACCGUACCAAUGCAAGCGUAAUGGGCAGCAUUGCAGUCAUAGGUAGGGGUCCAUACGGUGUGGCUAUGUUCGAUGCACUAGCGACGCGAGGAGUAGAUGUCGUGAUGGGUAUUCGUAUGGACAACGAUGCUGUUAAACACGGACACCAUGUUACGCUGAUACACCCAGACUCAACCAUAACCAGACGACUGUCGAAGAAGGAGAGCUCUUCGCAAAACCGUGUCAAAUGCGUUGCGGAGGCGAUUGCAUAUGCAGACACGAUCGUCUUGUCCAUACCUGCCACAGCUCAUGAGGCGUUUGUCACACGGAAUGCGGACUUACUCAGAGCACGGGGUCUCGAGAAGCUGAAACAAACAGGAAUGGGCCUUGUAUUGAUCGACACAAGCAAUCCUACGCAUAAGUACAAUGAUGAAGAAAGUGUUGCGGAGCGACUGAGCAUGCUUCUUACCGACGAGGAUCUUUGUGGUGGUGACUUCGAAUGUGUAUCGGUGACUAAAGCAUUCAACACUGUAUCCGCCUACAGUCUCAGUGCGAGUGCCAGCUUAAAAGGCUCCUCCGAUGCCGCACCUGUUUGUGGGGACAACGAAAAAGCAAAUGCACUGGCUAUUGGCAUAGGCACCAUCAUAGGGCUCAGACCUUUUGAGAUUGGAAACCUAAAUUGUGCACGAGAUAUCGAGUAUCUUGGAUUCUCUUUUUUCCCUAGAUGGGGUACGGCCAUAGCUAUCACAGCCAUAAGCUUCAGUGUAUGUCUGCUAUAUUUACUGCUGUGGUACUAUAUCCUGGAUUUCCCGGAGCUAGGACGACCUGCCUAUAAAUGGACCCAACCAUCUGUGGCGCUGAACAAGGCCACAGCCAACACAUCCUUGAUACUCUUGGUUUUAACCUAUCUACCUGGCAAGCUAGCGAAUUUACUACAAUUGUACCGAACAUCUGCAAGAAAACUUUUUCCGCGCUGGCUAUCGGCGUGGCUGCAGAUUCGCAAACAGAUCGGCCUGAUGUCCUGCUGGGUCAUGUUUCUUCAUGCGGAGUUGACAUCGUAUUUAAAAGGUGGAUCCUACGGUUACAACACCCCCUUCGGUAACGACUUCGACGGUACGAACGCCUACAUGACCAUGUGUGCGGAGCUCGUACUGGUACUAGGAGUGCUGGCGUGUGCUUUCCUUAUCCCUAUCUUGCUGAGUUCCCUCCCCUCGGUUAGCAUGAGUAUGACCUGGAUGGAAUGGGCGUUUCUGCAGCGUGUAGUCGGCCACGUGUCUCUGCUGGUAGCCGGCCUACACGUGGGUCUGUACGCCUUCACGCUGUUUGUUUGCCCCGACGUGAACCCAAGCACGGAUACUAGCAACAGUCCAACCGAUUCAGCUACAGACACACCUACGCACUCUGUUAGUAUACAGCAACGCAGGCACUGUACGUAUGUAGUGCCGGUGUUGUCGUCGUAUCCAGGGUAUCUACCCCCACUGUCGAGCGUGUCAGCGUGCUUGGCGCUGUUGACAUGCGUGUUGUGGAUGUUCUUGUCUAUUCCUGCGGUGCAACGGCGCACGGCAGCGAUACGCAAGGGCCACUCAAACCACGCCAGCCAGCUGGCCGAGUCUAUUUUAGUUCCCCAAUCGAAUAGCCCGAACGGACCGAGCACCAAUCAGAAGUCCAAGAAUAGCAAUGGGCGGAAGCGCGCGAAGGUGGUGGACAAGGUCAGUGCAGCGUCAGCCUCGCAGGAAAAAACGGAGUGCACCAGCUACGGCCACUCGUUGAAAGGGUGUAGCAUAGACGAACAGGCUAUCAUCUGCGAACAGGACGAUUUAGUGGUGGAUGUGUAUCACGACACAGACCCAUUGGCGGACAGCAAGCCCGAGAUACCUACAGCCGGGAAUGUGUACCGAACUGCCAUGAGCUCUGGCGUUGUGAGUGCAGAUGUAACAAAGACACCCAAGCAUAGGCGUGAUCAUGAGGAACCAGCUGAGCCAGUCACACCACUACACUGUGCCCCGCCCCGGUACACACAGACGCCACGCACAGAUGAACUCACUUCAACGACUGUCAAUGUAUCACCUGUCAAGUCCCUGGCUGAGCUGGAUACCGACACGGCACAACCUCAAUCGCAGGACAGACUACGCAUACAUUGUGUUGAUGUUGAAAGUGUCGACGAGUAGUGUGAUAGGACACUGUGGCCGGUUUUGGGCUGCUUGCGGGUUGCAAGCGAGAUGAAAGGCGUUGGAAGCUCGGCACGACGAGGCGAUCUAGAACUAUAAGGUAAUGUGGUAAUGAGACUAGUAAACGAAAUAAAAAUAGACUAAAU